GGCCGAGGACUCGUGGGGUCAGGCAGAAUGCACUUUGUCAUGGGGGUCCGGAUCACCUGCCCGCUUGGGCUCUGUCUUCUGCUGGGAUGCGCCUCACUCUGGGCUUUCAACCUGGACGACGUUAACGUGCUGCGGAAGAACGGGGAUCCGGGCAGUCUGUUCGGCUUCUCUCUCGCCAUGCACCGGCAACUUCAGCCGAUGGACAGAAGAUUGCUCCUAGUUGGUGCACCGAGAGCAAAUGGGCUGAGGGGUCAGAAGUCUAAAGUGACCGGAGGACUAUACGCCUGUGACAUGAGCUCCACUUCCUCUUCAUGCAACAGAAUCAUCUUUGACAAUCAAGAGGAUUUGAGUAAAGAAAACAAAGAAAACCAGUGGAUGGGAGUGUCUGUCAGCAGUCAAGGGCCAGGUGGCAAGAUCAUGACCUGUGCUCAUCGAUAUCAGAUUAGAAGUGCUGUUAACACUGCUGGGGAGUCCCGUGACAUCACAGGUCGCUGUUACAUGCUCAAUGAGGACCUGACGAUUAACGAGGCCUCAGGGACCGGCGAGGGUGGCAACUGGCACUUCUGCGAGGGCCGACCCAAAGGCCAUGAGAUGUUUGGCUCUUGUCAGCAGGGUGUAGCUGCUAUUUUUGACAAUGACUUUCACUAUGUCAUUUUUGGAGCUCCCGGAGGAUAUAAUUGGAAAGGUAUAGUACGAUUGGAGCAAAAAAAUAUGACCUUGGUUGAGUUGGGCAUCUAUGACGAUGGACCUUUUGAGCUUGGAGAUGAAAGUGAGAAAGAUCCAAAUUUGAUUCAAGCUCCUGCUAACAGUUACCUUGGAUUCUCCCUGGACUCUGGUACGAGUCUGACUGUGAAGGGCCAGCUGACUGUGGUAGCCGGGGCUCCCAGAGCCAACCACAGUGGAGCUGUGGUGCUGCUGAAAAAAGUACCAGCAACCAGGGCCGUUGUGGAGGAGUACAUUCUGGAGGGGGAGGGCUUGGCCUCAUCAUUUGGAUAUGACGUUGCUGUUCUGGACUUCAAUGCAGAUGGUUGGGAAGAUAUUGUAGUUGGAGCCCCUCAAUAUUUUGAGAAGGAUGGAGAAAUUGGAGGAGCUGUCUAUGUAUACAUUAACAAAGCUGGAAAAUGGAACGAAGCAACACGGUCACGUAUUGAUGGCCCUAAGGACUCCAUGUUUGGUCUUGCUGUGGCAAAGAUUGGCGACAUUAAUCAAGAUGGUUAUCAUGAUUUUGCUGUUGGAGCUCCUAAUUAUGAUAACGGCAUGGGAAGUGUUUAUAUAUACCAUGGAUCUCCUACAGGCUUGAAGUCCACAAGAGCAGCUCAGAUUUUGUUAGGGAAGCCUUUAGGAAUGAAGAUGUUUGGAUAUUCUUUAGCGGGCAACAUGGAUCUGGACAAGAACUCAUACCCAGACCUUGCAGUGGGCUCCCUGUCUGAUGCAGUCGUUCUCUACAGGGCACGGCCAGUCAUCAGCAUUGAUAAGAAGAUUACGUUCACACCUAAAGAAAUUGACCUUACAAACAAGAACUGUGGUGACAAAGUUUGUAUAAGUGUUGAGGCUUGCUUCACCUACACUGCCAAUCCUCCCAGUUACUCUCCCAAGCUGACAAUCAGUUACACCAUGGAGGCAGAUGCUGAUCAUCGUAAAAACGGACUGGCCUCGAGAGCCACUUUUGCUGGUGCCAGCUCGAAAGGCACCUUGACCUUGGACAGUAAAGGCAAGAAAAAGUGUCUGACACGUGAGCUUGUCCUACAGGAAAAUAUUCGAGAUAAACUGCAGGGUAUCCCUGUGGAUGUCUCUAUUCAAAUCGAAGAUGCCAAACGUAAACGCAGACAGAGUGUAGCCACACCAGCGCCUGUGCUUGAUGCCAAUGAGCCAAACUCAACCCGCUCAAUGGUGCAUUUCCUGAAACAAGGUUGUGGUGAUGACAAUGUGUGUGAGAGCAACCUACAGGUCAAAUAUCGAUAUGGCUACAGAACAAUAAAUGAUGAAACCUUCACUCCACUAAGCAUGGAGAAUGGUGUGCCGGUGAUUUCUUUAAGUGACCAAAAGGAGAUUGCGUUGGAAGUGACAGUGACCAAUGAGAAUGGAGAUGAUGCAUAUGAAGCCAGUGUGAACGCCACAUUACCGUCUACUCUUGUCUACUCAGCCUAUCGCAGUUCACCUGAUCAUCCAGUAACAUGCAUAGCCAAUAAAGAGGGAACUAAAACUAAGUGUGAUCUUGGAAAUCCAUUUAAAGGAAAGACAGAGACAUCCUUCUACAUUAUCCUGGGUACAGCAGGAAUCUCUCUUAAUACAACUGAAGUGGCAAUAGAACUUGUUCCUUAUACGACAAGCCGUCAGACUAUAGUCCCUGUCAUUGCAAAGGCAAAGGUGGCCCUGCUACUACAGCUGUCUGUUUCAGGGCUUGCCAAACCAUCCCAGGCUUCCUUCUCUGGAGUGGUCAAAGGGGAAAGUGCUAUGAAAUCAGAGAGUGACAUUGGGAGUGCCAUUGCUCACCAGUUCAGAAUCAUCAAUCUUGGGAAGCGACUGACAGACUUUGGCACUGCGUCUCUUGAAAUUGACUGGCCUAAAGAAACAGAAAAUUCUAAAUGGCUCCUAUAUCUGGUGAAAAUAAGCGCCACAGGAUUGGAUUACCUUGAUUGCUCUCCAAAGAGUGUAAUCAACAGCCUGAAAGUGGAACAGAGCAAGACAAGAAGCAGAAGAGCAGUAACACUUCAAGAUGAGGCCACAAUUUCACGAUUAGUUGACAAGAAAUACAAAGUUUUGUCCUGUGGCAAAGGAGCAAAAUGUGUGAAGAUCAAGUGCCCCCUGCGGGGCCUGGACAGUAAUGCAGUCAUCACUCUGAGCUCUCGCCUCUGGAACACCACUUUUAUAGAGGACUACUCUGAUCAACAUCAUGUGGAAGUGAUAGUGAAGGCAUCUCUGAGCAUUUCUAGCACAUUAAAGAACACAAAGCUGCAAAAUGCUGAGACAGCGGUGAGCCUGACUGUGUUCCCAGAGCGACGCUCGGCCCAGUAUGGAGGGGUGCCGUGGUGGAUCAUUCUCCUGUCCAUAUUGUUUGGGCUGCUUUUAUUGGCCCUGCUGGCUUUUCUCCUUUGGAAGUGUGGCUUUUUUGAGCGGGCCAAACAUGAAGACAAGAUUCCCAGUUACAAUGCAGUUCGGAUCAAAUGGGAGGAAAGGGAUAUCAACAGUAAGAAAUGGGAAAAGGUGGAAAAGAAACCCUGGGUAACAACUUGGCAAGACAGCGGACAUUUUUCCUAACCAUCAUUGAGUUGCACAUGGAUUAUUUUAAUGCAUUUCUUACAUCUUCACCUUUGCACACAGUGGAUGUUAACUGUAACAUUAACUGUAUGUUGCAACAGAAAAAACAUUGUAGGACUAAACCACAUGAUCAAGCAUAAAGUCUGUAUUUCACUGGACGGGAGUUGUGUGAGAUCAUACUUCUCCUGCACAAGUUUUGUCUGUGGAUACUUUUCCGUGUUGACUUGGGAGGGUGGGUUUUGUACUUUUUGUAUUUAUUUUUUUAGGGGUACUUUUGUUGCUGUUCUAAAAGUGAAACUGAUGACAACCAUACCACGCUUUCUUCUAUGUAAGAUAACUCAGUUUUAUCAGCAUCUCUCAUCCUCUUUCAUUUUACUGCUAAAAAGACAUUCCAUGUGUUACCAAAACAUUGCGGCUGUAAAUAAUGUUAUUUUGGAAUAAAAAUUUAAGUGUUUGUA